AGGGCUUGUUAUUACUUAUAGUUAUGGGAAGCUAAUCCCUAUCCAAAUAGGACUUGGUUUCUGUUCAAUAUUCUAUAUAUACAUCUGACGCCCACCCAGUUGACCGUAGAAAACUCAAUAUUAAGAACUUUUCCGCUCCCUUGUGGUUGCUAUAUACACUAACCAUUUAACCAAUUUCUUUAUUUAAGAAUUUAUACGAUUUGCUUGGCUUCUGAAACAAUGGAAUGGGAAGAUGGUAAGACUUUGGGGAGAUGGGAAGACCUCAGCACUGACAUAUUGUGGAAGAUUUUUGAGUCCUUCAACGACGUCUCUGAUUUAUCUUCCGCCGUUGAGAAGGUCCAUUGCAGUGCCGUUUGCAGUGCAUGGCGUUCGGCUCUCUGCGAUCCCCAGCUUUGGCAUACACUUGAUUUGUCAAUGAUUAAACAUAAUUUCAUCAAAACCAAAGAUGAGCCGUAUGUUUAUGUUUGCAGCCAGUCCGAUUUGACAUUGAGUCGUGUUUUGAAGGUUUCUCUGAGUCUCAGCCGCCAAAACAUAACCACCUUGAUUUUCAAUCUCCAGUUAUAUGUCCCCGACGACCUCUUCACUUACACCGCUGAAAGGUGCCCGAAGCUGAGACGAUUAGUUAUGCCAUCUUGGAACAAAAUAAAGAUUGAUGGCAUCAGCAAGGGCAUUGGGUGUUGGAAACAUCUUGAAUCGCUGACAAUAGGGAACAUAGAAAAGUAUCAAUACCUCACUCUCUUGCAGGUGAUUUACUACAACUGCAACAACUUCAGGGAACUCAAAUUGAUGGGUACUUGUGAUACAUAUUCCUUUGCCUCGGCAAUGGUUAGAUAUCUUCCAAAACUGGAGGUUUUAAGCCUCCGGUGCUCGAUGUUGUCGAAGGACGCUUUGAUGGUGAUAUUGGAGAGCCUACCCAACUUGGAAGUUCUCAACAUAUCGCAUUGCGUUGUAUUGGAUGAAACCCAUCAGCCUCAUCAACCUUUUAGAAUUGUUGAGGAGCUUGAUGCAUCCAUUGUUCACAAGGCUUCAAGGUUAAAGAGAUUUAUAACGUGCAUGCGUAUGCCUACGGCCAUGCGUGUGCAGGAAGACUCGUGCAGCAUGUGCCAAAGGACCAGAAACGACGAGGGGAUCAUCAGGUGGCAUAGAUAUGAACAAGGGAUGUGGAAAGCAGAUGAAGUGGCCUCCCUUGCUCUUUGAUUGAAAAAAAAAAAGAAAAAAAGAAAAUUAAUUGUAAAGAAUGUUUUACCAGCCUCUAACCCUUAAUUAAUAAAACUUUCCGGUCUGUGUGUGUUUAUUAUAAUGUAUUUCACUGAAGCUGCUCAUUGAAAAAAAAUAUUGUUGUUGAUUAGUCUAGUCUGAGGAAAUUAAAAUGAAAUUAAUUUCAUAAAAGGAAGUAAACUAAAAAUAAAUAAAGAAAAAACAGAGAAAGAAAUAGAGGGAUU